AUGAGACAAGGGCACCAAUUCAACAGCUACAUUGGUUACAUCUUCACGAUGGCUGAGACUCGCCCCAUCCCGACUCCCAACAACGAGCAACUUGAGGAGCUAACAAACCUUACGGAUCGUGCACAUAGGCGAGCUCGGGCCCGCAAGGGUAUAGAUGAGAAGGCCAAGGGCAUUAUGGACGAGAAGGAAGCUAUUAUGGCUGCCAAUCCAUAUUGGUACUAUACUCAUCGAGACCAGUUGGAAAACAUAGACCGACAAUUGACGUCUCUUGACCAAAAAUUGAACAAUUUGCAGGCCGAAGAGGAAAAGGAUGCCGCUAAAGAGCGGGCCAUAUGGAUGCAGGUCGUUUGA